CGGACUUCGGAGUUCGUGCCCGUGCGUGCCGUAAAUAAAAGCUUAGGCUACCUAAUAAAGCAAUGCAUCGCACCGGUCCCUCCUUCCUUAGUUAAAGAUGGAAGAUGUACGUAUGGUUGUACAGGAGGAAGGACGAGCAGCCAGGAAUUUGAUUGCAUUUCAUGUAGACUUAGCAGCCCCUUCUGCAGGCAAGACCAUGAGUCGGAAACCCCCAUCUUCGCCUCGUCUUCUCAACGAAACCAGGCUGCCCAAGAGGUCAACACUGGUGACCAAGACUGGCUCAAGGGUUCGCUCGGCUUCCACAGGCAGAGAUAAGAAGUCAGAGAUGCAGGCAAGAUACUGGGCUCUGCUGUUUGACAACUUGAAACGAGCUGUGGACGAAAUCUACGAGAAAUGUGAGAGGGACGAGAGUGUAUCUGAAUGCAAGGAGGUGAUUUUUUAUUUAGAAAAUUACAAAAGAGAUUUUGAGAAAUUAUCAGAGUGGAUACUUUUAUAUUCAGACUAUGAAAAUACUCCUCCACCGCAGCGACCUACAUCUCUAGCAUGGGAAGUCAGGAAAUCUUCCCCUAGCAAGCCAAAGUCUCAGUCUCAAAUUGAUCAUAUUCUUCAAAAUGAUAAAAGUCCUGUAAGGAAACAUCUAGACUUUUUUUCUGAUGUGAAACUAUCAAGUGCGGAAGAAUGCUUUAAGAAAGAUUUCACUCUAGAAAAUGAACUAUACAAUAAGUACGGUCUCAGUUUUGGCGACUUGGAAGAACAUCUGCAAACAGUUACCGAGGUUUCAAACCUCAACCAAAACACAGUCAAACUUCCAGGCAGAGUAGAAGAGAAUGACAAAGAGAAUAUUCCGCUUAUGAGUAAUGGCGAUGAGAGCUGCAAACCGGUGGAAAUAGCUUUGAGCAAUCAAUCUUCUCAGACUGAGGAGUCUUUACAUAACUCCAACAUCUUGUUGAGAUCAGUUGCUAGAAAAGCACCACCUCCAGCUAAGACAGUUGCAGCAUCUGCUGGUAAAAACUUGACUCUUUCUCCUUUGUCUAUCAAUAAAACUGUGACAGGGCCUUUAAAAAAGACCACACCAAUAUCUCCCACAACCACAAUUCCUCCGAGAGCAGUUCCUGGAAGUAACAUGGCAGCUGUUACUUUUGUUCCCAGCAAAAGACUAGGUCCAACUUGUCAAGCUAAAGUAAAUUCCAAUCUUAACAGAAGCACCAACAAUUUGAGCAAAACCAACAUUCCCCAACAAUCAGACAACAUGUUGAACUCAAACAAACUCACAGAUCAAGUUAAAGUUGCCUCCAACAAUUUAUCGACUGAUAAGAAUGUUAUUAAUGCACAGUCAUCUUCAAACAAUGUCGCAGACAGCCAAAGUUUGAUAAAUGUGAAUGAUAGCUUAAACAAAGUAGACUCUGUAAAAGUUGCAUCUAAGAGUUGUGGUACUGAAAACCCACUUGUAAAUGGGACCAAGACAGCCCAAACUGGCCCAGAGAGAAUUGGCCCAGGUGGAGGAGUCAGUGUAACCUUGACAAUCAAAGAAGGUGAAACUAAAAAUGAUGUAAAGUUGACUCAAUGUGAUUCACAACUCAAAGAUACUCGGGUUCUUAGUUCAAAUAGUAAAACUCUGGACUCUAAAGAUACAAAGACGGUUGAAAAAUCUGCUAGUAAAGAGUUGCCUAUUAGUAAAGUAAUUGAUAAUCAGAAAGUCACAAGUUGUAACAAGCCUGCCAAACCGAUGAAAGUAGAACAAGCUUCCCAAACAGAUCUUUCUCAUCUAGCAGACAUGGCAGCUGCCAAACAAUUGGCUAAGGCCUCUACUUUGGUGAGGAAUAAGACGGCUCCUAACAUCAUCAGAAGACCAAAUGAAUCUCCAGCUUUGAAUGAUCCUGUUACAGAUCCAUCAAAACCUGCAAAAAAUAUUGCAGUAAAUCUACUGAGACCUGCAGUAAAAAAACCAACAAGUGCUACUGAUGCAAUCGGUGAAAAAACUACCCUUGAAAAGCAAACCUUAGAGAACGGUUCUAAGCCUGCAUGUGCUCUCAAAAAGCAAGCUAUUACUCCAGGAGCCAAGGUUGAGAAACCAGUCACUGAAAAACAGACAGUUGAAAAGUUAGAAGAUGAAUCCGUCCUCGAGAAAGUGAUUAUUACCAAUGAUGAUUUUCCUCCUCUAAAAAGUAGGGCACAAAUCGAUUCUGAAAAAAUAUUGAAAGAAAAAAAAUUAUGUGAGAAAGCGUUGAGUGAAAAAAUUGAAAAUAAUAGAGCUACUAGUAAUAAGCCUGCCUUUGCUAAUGGAAAUUUGGAGAAGAAAGGAAUUGGAAAAUUGACAAGUGAAAAGUCUACAAGCACAAGACCUGUUUUUGAAUGCAUUCCCAAAGAAAAACCAGCAAGUGAAAAAUUAUCAGAUGUAAAAAGUGAUAAAGAUACUAACACAAAGCUUAUCAAUGUAUCCAAAGUGUAUCGAAGCAAUACUGCCAUAGAAUUGAGACCAAGACCAGCUCGUAACAGAACUGUUACUUCUGCUGGGAAACCUCUGAUCAACGAGAAACAGAUGGCAGGCAAGAAAGCUGUCGAAAGUAGAGUCCCUACAAAACCAUCAAGUGAUAAAACUUCUAACUUAAAACCUACCAGCUCACGUACACCAGCUGCUCCUAAAAUAUAUCGUAGCAGUACCUCCAUAGAGUUAAGGCCGAGGGUUUCAUUCAAUAGAAAUGUGGCAAGUGCUACUGUCAAAUCUGACAAUCGAGUAAAUCAGAUGUCCAAAGUUAAUGGCCCAAAUUCUGUGGAGAGGAAUCCAUCCUUGUUGAAAAAAGCAAAGGCUAUGUUUAAAAGCGAACAAAAUCUUCAAAAGAAAAGCAGUAUUGAUGAAGACGGGUGGGAAACCGUGAAGUGCAGAAGUAGGUGGAAGUUGCCACAGAGUCCCGGCAACUUAAAGGCUCAACCUCCCAACUCUCGCUUCCAUCUACCGAGCCCAGCUACGUCCUUACCUUCAAUAGCCCUUGCGACUGACCCCAAGCCAGCUAAACUGCACAAAGAACAACAAAACCAGGAAAUCGCUAAAGCCAAUCGCUUGGCUUUGAAAAAACAGGUGCAAUCUACUCCGAAACAAAAUGUUAAAAACGAGAAAAGCGAUUCUCUGUCAGGGAAGAAGAAGGGAAAGGAAGAUGAGGUUGAGAUAAAACCUGUAACGAGUGGGCGAAAAAAAGUAUCCAUUGAUAGAGUGAAGGAUGUGAUGAAGAUGUUGAAUGGGGAGAAACUAGAUGGAAAUUGCAAGAUUGACAAGUUGAUAGACAUUUUGUCAUCAGAAGAUGAAAGAAUGAAUGAAGAAGAAAUCAGGAAGAGCAGAGAACUGGACGAGAAAGAGAAGAAACUAAAUCAGGAAAUACAGGAUUUGGAAGAUGCUGAAAUUGAGGUUGAUACGGAAACAGAUGAUGCAGAAACAGAUGGAGAAAUGAACACUGGGAAUGAAGAAGACGUGACCAACUGUAGAAUAAACGCUAUCAAAGCUUCUUAUGAAGAGUUCAUUAAAGGUAAAGAUCUUUCCUGGUUGGAUCAAAUGGAUACCAUGGACAAAAUUGAAAAACUAAGUGACUCAUCAACAAAAGAUAUUCCAUAUGACGAGCGUAUAUCCACUCUAGAGCAGUUGGAGGAGUUGGUGGGUCGUCAUCCUGGUCGUGCGUUGGAACUGCACCAGAAACUAUCGUCUCCAUCUCGCCGUCGCCACACUCCUGACACCAUCCAGCGUCACAGAGAGCGGCAGGAGUCUGCUCAGCUGAAACGAGAACAGCUGCUACAAGACAAAUCCAACAAGAUAAGGGAGUUACUGAACAAGGUAGAAGAGGUGCAGAAGCAGCAGGCCCAGUUGAAGGAAGACCGCAGGAAGCGUAUAGCGGAGAAGUUGAAAAAAGCAGAGGAGAACAGAGCCCUGCACAUCCGCAAUAUCCAACGCAAGGCUCAUGAUGAGGAGGAGAAAUUGAAGGAAAUCGCUUUCAUCAACAACCUGGAGGCCCAGAACAAGCGACAUGACUUCAUAGCCUCGUGUCAGGAAAAAGAAGGGAGAUUGCAAGGUAUUCAUGAUGUACGGCAACGCAAACAAGAGGAGAAAGCAGCAAAAGAAGCUGCAGUAGAAGAGAGAAGAAGACUGCUUGAGGCUGAGAGACAAGAAAAAAUAGAGAAGAUGCAGGAGAAGCGGCGCAAAAGAGAAGAAAGAAUUGGACGUGAACAGCAAGAAAAAGAGAAAGAACGACAGGAGUUGGCUCGUGAAAAGGCAAGAGACCACCAAGAGCGCAGACAAGCGCUACAGGCGACCCAGCAGGCAAACACUGAAGAGUUGCAGAAGAAAAUACAACAGAAGCAGGUAGACUCUGCGAGGCGACAUGAGGAGAACAUUGAGCACAUUCGCCAACGGGCCUUGGAGUGUGGAGCACUAAGAGCUGGGGCAGACGACGAGGCACCUCCACACACACCUUACGACACAUGCAAGCUGUGUACUAGGUGUAAUGUACUGAUGGAGUCUGAGGUUUAUCUGUUGAGUCACCUGAGAGGCAAAGCCCACCAAGAAGCAGUCAAAGACCUCAAAGAUGACUCGGAGCCUGUUAUCAUAGACGCUCCGCCAGACAAGAUGGACGCCAAACUGGCGCAACACAGGGAGAGACAGAAAUCUCUGCGCAAACGGUGCAAGAAGAUCCGCUCUCGCAUGGCGCAAAGGGGUGAAGAGUAUCUCUCCUCUUUGUCAUCCGAGGGACCCAAGAAGCUGGAGAGCCCUAACAAGAUGAGGCUAUCGAAGUGCUUACGUAAUGUGGACAAGCUGCACUCUAGCCAAGGCCAGGGACAAUGGCCUGAUAACUCUAUCACUCUGCUAGAGCGCAACCUGGCGGAGACUGUGCGCAUGCUGGAGAAACAGAUCGAACAAGACCAAAUAGUGUUUAAGGAACUGAAUGGGUUCACAACGCUUUCAAAUAUUCUAAAUUUGGCUCUGGACAUACCGAAGAACAUGAGCCCCUACUUGCCUCCCAAAUGUUUUCUCACCACUUGUACCGUCUACUCUCUUGCUUGUAUCAAUCAUCCUGAGAACUCGAGGUUUGUCAUAUUCUCCAAUAAGAUCGCCCUCGUACUAGAUCUCCUGCUCAAUCGGCUCAAUGCUCUAAUCACAGAUGAUUACAAAACGGCCAACAAAUCCUCAUCAAACUUACCGGUUGAUCUUGUGGCAGGAGCCCUGAUGAAGUUGUUUGCUGAUGUUUUGUACAACUCUCAACUGGAUGUGCCUGUUGAUGUACCAGAUAUGGGUCCUAGACUGCAGGAUAUCAUCAGCUACACCGUGUCCGUGGGAGUGGUAGACAAGUUGGCCCUGUACUGUAGUAGUGUCAGAGACUCUGUAGAAGACAACAUGCCAGCGUCACAGUUCCUUCACAGCGCCAUCCGACUGCUCACCAUGCUAGCUCAGGCCAAGUGCCCUCUAGUGAAGGGAGACCCCACUCAGCUAGUGGCCACUCUGAGGGUAACAGAGCUGGUGGGAGGAGUGUCUAUGAUGUAUGGCAUGUUGCUACAUCAAGGUGCCCCACUCUCUUCUCCCCCAGCACUAUCACAGAAGACUGUGUGGCUCACACAGGCAACACUUCACCUGCUCAAAGCUGUGGCUCAAUUGGAUCUGAACAUGUUCCAGAGUGUGCUGGGAGCCGAAGGUAUUUCACUGCAGCUUCGUCACAUUGCCAGCUACCUGUUGUGGUACUGCUGUCACCCCAGGGCUGAGGACAAUGUUAGUCAGGAGGACUGGCUAGACUCUACCAGGGAAUUGCUUCACCAGGUCAUCGAGGUCGUUGGAUACUUCGCAGUCAACCAUUACGACAACCAGAUGAUGCUACAGUCGGGUCACAUGCCUACCGUGAUGCAGCAACUGUGCAGUUUACCCUUCAGUUACUACACUGACCCCUCACUGUCCUGUCAUCUACUGCCUACACUACUGGCCUGUUGUCAUGGCAACCUGGAGAACAAGGCUAUACUGGAACAGGAGCUCUCCUACCAGCUCGUAGAAGACUGUAGACAUUCUGAAGCCACCAAAGCCAACCCUUUGGUUCAGCUUGUGAAAUAAGUCAAUGACCUCUGUAAAGGUGGCUUACUAACCCGUUUUUGAUAAACCACGGGUUGUACUUAUAAGGCUGUGUAUUGCAAGACAGCAAUUGCAAUUAUUUAUUUUUCUAGUCUUUUUUUAUUGUAUUUUUGUUAUUGGAAAACUUUUUUACCUCUUGUUAGUAUUAUUAAUUGUAUUCAUACCUCAAAGUUAGCUGCAAUAAAAUUUAUAAGCAACCUGCAUUCAUAAGAACAGCAUUGCACGCUGCUUUGAGUUUGUUCUGUCUUUUUAUACUUCCUUUAACUUAACUAACCACAGCAAACUGUAUGAGUUUUGGAGAAUGCUGUCAAGGCAUGGAAAGUAAAAGAAAAAUACUAUUUAAUAUAUAUUACUCAUUUUCAAUAGAUUUUGCAUACAACCAUUAUUUAAAGAUAUAAGGUUUUGUUUUUGUUUUAGUCAAUGGUGUUAAUUAGGUUUGUUACUUUUGCACAUCACUUCAAAUAUACAGGGUGGUAAAAAAGUCCCAGGACAGUUAAAUAUU